GUGUUAUUCAAAAUAGCUUAUGUGGUGUUAGCGAUCGGGAUUUCGUUGCUGAAUUACUAUUCUGGGCUUCAAUGACAAUGAUUCACAUUAGUAGAUUUUCUGAGGAUUUAAUUAUUUACGGCUCUGGCGAAUUUGGCUUCGUUACCCUCGCAGAUGCUUACAGCACUGGAAGUAGCCUUAUGCCACAAAAGAAAAAUCCUGACAGUUGCGAGUUAUUGCGCGGCAAAUCUGGACGUGUCUUUGGACAGUUGUCUGGAUUUCUUAUGACGUACAAAGGUAUUCCAAGUACUUAUAAUAAAGAUCUUCAAGAAGAUAAAGAACCAAUUUUUGAUGCAGUAGACACAUUGGCUGGAUCUUUGCAAAUUACUACUGGAGUUUUAUCAACACUUACAAUUCAUCCAGAUAAUAUGAAGAAAAACUUAAGCAUUGAUAUGUUGGCUACUGAUGUUGCAGAAUACCUUGUACGAAAAGGGGUUCCCUUUCGCGAAACACACCAUGUAGCAGGUGCUGCUGUUAGAGCGGCUGAAGAACGCAACAUUACAAUGGCUAAUCUUGAACUAUCCCAUUUCAAACAACUUCAUCCAUCUUUCGAACAAGAUAUUACUGAAAUUUGGGAUUAUGAAAAAAGUAUUGAAAAUAGGUCAAGUUUAGGCGGGACAAGUAGAGCAACAGUUUUGGAACAAAUACAAAAAUUAAGAAA